ACAAACAUAUCCACGGAAAAGUUAUACAGAUAGUAAGAGCACAGUGAGGAACAUCACAUCAAAUAUAUGAAAAAAAAGACCAUUAUGAAGUCUAUUUCUUGAAGUUAUUUUAUAUUUAAUAGUCAGAAAUGGUUCAGACGAAGUUAUUUCGAGUCACGUGAUGUAGAAAGUGAAAGUACAGUAUUCCCGUUACAGUCAUGGAGGCUGCUGUACUGCUCUGGUUUCAUCUGCUGCUGUCGGUGAUCUUCUGUAACGGUUUCCAUGUCCAGGGUCCAUCUGAUCCUCUCACUGUCCAGCUGAGAGACUCAGUGAUGUUGCCCUGUUUUGUAGAAACUCCUCUACCAAUGGAAGAACUGGAAGUGGAGUGGAAAAGAAUUGACUCUGGAUCUCUAGUGCACUUGUGGCAGAAUGGAGAAAGUCGACCAGAGUCUCAGAACCAGCGUUAUCAUGAAAGAGCUCAUUUCUUCUCUGAGGAGGUUGCUCAUGGAAACUUCUCUCUACUGCUUACAAAUGUGACUCAGGAAGAUGCAGGAGUUUAUAAGUGUGUCGUUCACACAAACCAGCACUCUGAUGAAACUCUGAUUAAAAUAAUGGAGACUGAGCGCUUGAUUGUGUCUGGAGGCCACGUUAUAUCUGCGUAUGCGGGUGAAGAAAUCACUCUGAACUGCUCUGUAGACUCACAUAUACCAUCAGAAAAGAUAGAAGAGGUUUCAUGGAAAACGGAUGAAGGUAUCUUAGUUCUGCUCUACCAAAAUGGUACCGUCCAGACAGAAUCAACACAUGAGAGAUUUAAGGGCAGAGUAGAAUUCUUCAGUGCUGAAGACAGGAACAAAGGAAACUUCUCAAUGAGACUGAAGGAUGUCAGAAUCGAGGACAAAGGACUGUACAUCUGUUCAGCAUUUUCUGGGGAUUUAUCAGAUAACAAAACAGUGGAGGUGCAGCAGCUCGGUUUUUCCUCUAUACAUAUAUGGAUUAUUGUGUUGUGUUUAUUCGGGGUUGUAAAUGGAUCAGUUUUCCUAGGCUACUUCUCUUAUACAUCUUUUCAAAAGAAAGAUAACAGCAGAAGAGCCCGAGUUAUACAGUGUGCACAUGUCCUUUGUCCUAAUAUAACCAUGUCCAUUGUCUUCAUCCUUUGGGGUGUUACUGAGGGGUUUUUAACUGAAGCAGCAACUUGUUCAGCACUUAAUUUUGUUAGGAUCCUUUUCCUAUUUUGGAUUGCAGUCCAUCUGAAAUCUGUUGAAGAUUAUGUCCAUGAAGUAAUGGAUCGUUUGGCAGUUCUACUACAAUAUAUUGUGAUAACUGUUGUCGCUUAUAGUCCUAUUAUUGUGGACCUCUGGAAUAAAACAGAUAAUAUAGGGAAAGUGCUGGUUCUGACAUUUCUGUUCCUGGGGUCACUUUUGGUCUCUCUGCAUGCCGUUGCUGUGGUCUGCUAUAGAAGGAAUCUCCAAAAAGUAACAGAUCAGAGUUACGUAAACACAGAAAUCACCAAUUUUCUGCGAUUAUGUGCGAUUAUAUGGACAUAUGGUCUUCAGCUGAAUCAUUUGCCUGUGCUACUCUUUCCAUUGCUGGCAAUCAUUUGUUUUAAAGUUUGUGUUCAUUGCAAAUGUCCCAUUUCAGUAUUACACUUUGUAUCAGUGUUGUUGAUCCUGCAGAUUAUGAGUGUAUCAGGUUCGAUCUACAUCCAUUAUGACCUCGUGACCAAUAUGAAAGAGCGUGACAUAUUAACCUGGAUUACUGUUUUCCUCCACAUCCUGACUGUCAUUAUAAUGUUUGCAAGUCUACAUAAUUUCACAGUUAACAGACAUCCAGAAUCCGGGUCCAGAAACACCGUGACACUGCCGCCUGUAUGGUGUGUGGUUGUGUUCGUGAUUGGUUCAGUGCUGGUUGUUUUAGUGAACGCUGCUGUGUUAUUAGUUGCGCUGAUCCUAAAAGCACGAAAUGGUCAACAUACAGUGGACCUGCAAGUUAUUCUAAUACCAACUGAAUGUGUCUUUGCUGCUUGCUGGCUCGCUUUACAGAUUUCUGUUUUCUGGAAGAACAGGGAAAUGAAUGUGACACAGAGGUGCUCAACAACAACUCCACUCAAUCAUGAACAUGAACAUGGACCUCCAGAUAUGGACUCCUGUACCUCGUUCCUCAAGGUGUUGACAAGUUUCCAUGUCCAGGGUCCAUCUGGUCCUCUCACUGUCCAGCUGGGAGACUCAGUGAUGUUGCCCUGUUUUGUAGAAACUCCUCUACCAAUGGAAGAACUGGAAGUGGAGUGGAAAAGAAAUGACUCUGGAUCUCUAGUGCACUUGUGGCAGAAUGGAGAAAGUCGACCAGAGUCUCAGAACCGGCAUUAUAAUGAAAGAGCUCAUUUCUUCUCUGAGGAGGUUGCUCAUGGAAACUUCUCUCUACUACUUACAAAUGUGACUCGGGAAGAUGCAGGAGUUUAUAAGUGUGUCGUUCACACAAACCAGCACUCUGAUGAAACUCUGAUUAAAAUAAUGGAGAUUGAGCGCUUGAUUGUGUCUGGAGCCCACGUUAUAUCUGCGUAUGCAGGUGAAGAAAUCACUCUGAACUGCUCUGUAGACUCACAUAUACCAUCAGAAAAGAUAGAAGAGGUUUCAUGGAAAAAGGAUGAAGAUCUCUUAGUGCUGCUCUACCAAAAUGGUAUGAUCCAGACAGAGUCAACACAUGGGAGAUUUAAGGGCAGAGUAGAAUUCUUCAGCACUGAAGACAGAAACAAAGGAAACUUCUCAAUGAGACUGAAGGAUGUCAGAAUUGAAGACAAAGGACUUUAUAGAUGUUUAGCAUUUUCUGGGGAUUUAUCAGAUAACACAACAGUGGAGGUGCAGCAGCUCGGUUUUUCCUCUAUGCAUAUUGGGAUUUUAGUUUUUUGUAUAAUUGGGUUUGUAAUUGGAUCACUAAUCCUAGGCUACUUCUCUUAUACAUCUUUUCAAAAUAAUGACAACAGCAGAAGAGCCCAAGUUAUACAGUGUGCACAUGUACUUUGUCCUAGUAUCAUGAUGUCCAUUGUCUUCAUCCUUUGGGGUGUUACUGAGGGGUUUUUAACUGAAGCAGCAACUUGUUCUUCACUUAAUUUUGUUAGGAUCAUUUUUUUAUUUUGGAUUGCUGUCCAUUUGAAAUCACUUCAAGGUUAUGUUCGCCAUUUAAUGAAUAAUUUGGCAGUUCCUCUACAAUAUGUUGUGAUGACUGUUGUCGCUUAUCACCCUAUUAUUGUGCAGGUUUGGAAUACAACAGACGGUACAGGGAAAGCGCUGAUUCUGAUGGCUUUGCUAAUGUGGUUAUUUCUGAUUUUUUGGCAUGUUAUUGUUGUAGUUACAGAGGGUCCUUACACUGGAAUAAGGGCUCUUGUGUGUAAAACACUAGCUCCUGAUUGGAGAUGUUUGGCGUACAUUAGAAAGAUUCUCCGAAAAGUAACACACAGUAGUUACAUAACUACAGAAUACGGCAACAUACUGCGGAUAUUUUUCAUUACUAUGAUAUUUGUAAUUCGUUCUUUAGAAAGCCUGACUCUGGUGCUAUUUCCAUCAUUGGCAGGAUGGUUUUUCUUUUUACAUACUAAUUGCAAAUGUCUGAAUUCUUUACUCUUUGUAUCAAUAAUGAUGAUCCUGGAGAUUGUGAGUGUAUCAGGGUCGAUCUACAUCCAUUCUGUGGUAGUGACUGAUGUGAACGAGCAUGAUGCAUUGACCUGUGUGACUGUGUUCCUCUACAUCUUGACCAUGACGACACUGUUUUCAAGUCUAAAGCGAUUAUCAGAUGCCAGACGUCUAGAAUCCGACUCAGACUCCAAAAACACUGUGAUUCAGCCUUCUGGAUGGAGUGUGGGUGUGUUCAUGGUUGGUUCAGUGCUGGUUGUUUUUGUGAACAUUACUGCGUUAAUAUUGGAGUUGAUCCUAAAAGCACGAAAUGGUCAGCGUACGGUGGAUCUGCGAGUUAUUGUGAUACCAGCUGAAUGUGUGUUUGCUGUGUGCUGGCUCACUUUACAGAUCUCCACUUUCUGUUUCCAUGUCCAGGGUCCAUCUGGUUCUCUCACUGUCCAGCUGGGAGACUCAGUGAUGUUGCCCUGUUUUGUAGAAACUCCUCUACCAAUGGAAGAACUGGAAGUGGAGUGGAAUAGAAUUGACUCUGGAUCUCUAGUGCACUUGUGGCAGAAUGGAGAAAGUCGACCAGAGUCUCAGAACCAGCGUUAUCAUGAAAGAGCUCAUUUCUUCUCUGAGGAGGUUGCUCAUGGAAACUUCUCUCUACUGCUUACAAAUGUGACUCGGGAAGAUGCAGGAGUUUAUAAGUGUGUCAUUCACACAAACCAGCACUCUGAUGAAACUCUGAUUGAAAUGGAGUUUGAGCGCUUGGUUGUGUCUGGAGCCCACAUUAUAUCUGCGUAUGCAGGUGAAGAUAUCACUCUGAACUGCUCUGUAGACUCACAUAUACCAUCAGAAAAGAUAGAAGAGGUUUCAUGGAAGAAACGGGAUGAAGACCUCUUACUGCUGCUCUAUCUGGAGGGUGACAUUCUGACAGAAUUAACACACGAGAGAUUUAAGGGCAGAGUAGAAUUCUUCAGCACUGAAGACAGGAACAAAGGAAACUUCUCAAUGAGACUGAAGGACGUCAGAACUGAGGACAAAGGACUGUACAUCUGUUCAGCAUUUUCUGGGACAUUAUCAGAUAACACAACAGUGGAGGUGCAGCGGCUGGGUUUUUCCUCUAUGCAUAUUGGGAUAAUUGUGUUGUGUUUACUUGGGUUUGCGUUUGGAUCAGUUAUCCUAGGAUACUUCUCUUAUACAUCUUUUAAAAAGAAAUAUAACAGAGAAAGACACCUAGAUAUACAGUAUGCACUUGUCCUUUGUCCGAAUAUCACUUUGUCCAUUGGCUUCAUUCUUUGGGGUGUCACUGAGGGGCUUUUUACAGAAGCAGCAACUUGUUCGGCACUUAAUUUUGUUAGGAUCUGUUUUUUAUUUUGGAUUGCUUUGCAUCUGGUAUCAUUUGAAGAUUAUGUCCACCCGUUAAUUAAGCUUUUGGCAGUUCCAAUACAAUAUUUUAUGAUCAUUGCUGUUGUUUAUAUACCUAUUAUUGUGAAUAUCUGGCAUAAAAUAAACACUGGAUGGAAAGUGGGGAUGCUGAUACUUUUUCUACCAGGGCCAGUUUCAGCUAUUCUGUUUGUCUCGCUCUCUUUCUGUUUUCACUACAGAAACAAAAAAGCACAGAGAGUAUUAUUUAUUGUGAAGGGUUUGGAGAUACUAUUCGCAUCACUUUUUACCUUCAGCGUUUAUGGUACAGUGAAUGUGGAAGAACGAGAUGCACUGAUCUGUGUGACUGUGUUCUUCAUCAUCUUAAGUGUGAUGAAUAUUUCAUUUUAUUAUAUUUCAACUCAAAAUGAAAUAUCAGAGUCACUGUAUCCUGUGGUUGUGUUCCUGAUUGGUUCAGUGCUGAUUGUUUUUGUGAACGCUGCUGCGUUAUUAGUGGAGCUGAUCCUAAAAGCACGAACUGGUCAGCGUACAGUGGAUCUGCGACUUAUUGUGAUACCGACUGAAAUCGUCUUUGCCGUGUUCUUGUUCGCUGUACAGAUUUCUGUUUACUGCAAGGAGAAAAAAAAAUCAUCUCAACGUGAAAAUUUUUGGAUUCUGGCUCCUGUAUCUGAGCUCAGAGGAUCUUAGCAGCAGAAAUGUUCCAUUCUGAAGCAGAUCCUCAUUUCAUACAUAAAAUUAAACACAACCCCAGAAGAUACCAAAAGCACAUGUACCUUGAGUUCUUUACCACCUGACCUGCUGGAGCUCCAUCUUUCAUCACCUGAGUGACUGAAAUCCCCACAGCACCCUCUAGUGUGAGGUCUCUGCAACCCUGAGCAU